AUGUUCAGUCGCAGCAACAUUCCGAAUCCAUUCAGCUCCAGUGGACAACCGUCCCCGCAGGGUUACUCAAACCCCAACCAAGCACCCCCACGGUAUGAUACGGAUCGCUCCCCUUUGUUCAGCGCAGGGUGUUCAGCUCUGAUUUCCGGUGACGAUGUUCGGAUGACUGAUAUAUAUUAUGAUAAAAGGGGAUACGGGGGCCCACCUCCACCUGGAGGACGUCCACCGCCGCAGACGCCUUCUAGGAUGUCCGGACAAAGAGGCUCAGGCCAGACUUGGACUCUCCAUCCCAGCAAGAGCCCGAAUGACAACUACACUUUUGGUAAUCUGGUCGCUGUUUCGCCGCAUGACAUCCCUCCUUCACGAGAUGGCACCGACGUCCUCCUCCUGAUCAAUGACCUCUUCGUCUUUUCUGCCCGCCCUCUUGAGGGAUUCCCUCCCGGCUAUAUGAGCAUGUCUGAUCCUCAGCGAACGUGGGCCAACAUCGGACUGCGAGAUGCGAUCAAGGUGCAGCUGUAUGAUCCGUUCAGCCAAGGUGGGCAGGCUUACCUGGGUUCCGUGGAUGUUGAAGUCAGCUUCGCUUCCACCAAGAAACGGACUGAGGCUCCUUAUGACCAGGAUGAAUUGGCACAGGCGGUGAUCCGGAACUUUGAAAACCAACUAUUCUCGCCUGGCCAGCGGAUUCUUAUGGAUAAUAAGAGUAUCCCACUGCUUUUGCAGGUCAAGACCGUCCAGCGGGUUGAUUUGACAGCAGAGAAGCCCGAUCUCAGUUCUGGACAAGUUGAGACCGAUCCCACGGCUAGGGGUAUCCUCACGCGGCACACCCAACUCAACUUUUAUAAGGAUACCCAGACUGGCAUCAAUGUCAAGCCAUCUAACCGUCGACCGGCAGCCAAUUCCAUCAUUCAACCGGGCUUCAAGUUUGAGGACAUGGGUAUCGGUGGUUUGGACUCUGAGUUCAGUACAAUUUUCCGUCGUGCCUUCGCUUCUCGCAUUUUCCCUCCUGGCCUCGUUGAGAAACUCGGUAUUCAGCACGUCAAGGGUCUCUUGCUAUAUGGUCCUCCAGGAACGGGUAAAACCCUCAUUGCUCGUCAAAUUGGAAAGAUGCUCAAUGCUAGAGAACCCAAGAUUAUCAAUGGUCCGGAAGUCCUCAACAAGUACGUGGGUCAAUCGGAAGAGAACAUCCGAAAGAUGUUUGCGGAUGCCGAGAAGGAGUACAAAGAAAAGGGCGACGAGAGUGGUCUCCAUAUCAUCAUCUUCGAUGAGCUGGACGCAGUCUGCAAGCAGCGUGGUAGCGGAGCUGGCGGUGGUACCGGUGUCGGUGAUAGCGUGGUCAACCAGCUCCUUUCGAAGCUUGAUGGUGUUGAUCAAUUAAACAACAUCUUGUUGAUCGGUAUGACCAAUCGAAUGGACAUGAUUGAUGAGGCUCUUUUGCGUCCCGGUCGGUUGGAAGUCCACAUGGAGAUCUCGCUCCCUGACGAGCAUGGCCGAAGCCAGAUUCUCAACAUUCACACUGAGAAGAUGCGGAACAAUAAUGUCAUGGACAAAGACGUUGACCUUGCCGAGCUUGCUCACCUGACCAAGAACUUUUCUGGUGCUGAGAUCGCAGGUUUGGUGAAGUCUGCCUCUUCCUUUGCAUUCUCGCGCCAUGUCAAAGUUGGUACUAUGGCCAGUAUCAAUGAUGACGUGGUGAACAUGAAGGUCAACCGUGCUGACUUCCUUCAUUCCCUUGAGGAGGUUAAGCCUGCCUUUGGUGUGUCUGAGGAGGAGCUGUCCAGCCGCAUCCCGUACGGUGUCAUCCACUACUCUCCGGUCAUCAGCGAAAUUUUGCGAGAAGGCGAAUUAUUCGUCAAGCAGGUUGGAGUAGCCCAGUCAACUCCGCUUUUCUCUGUGUUGCUCCAUGGCCCCCCCAGCAGCGGAAAGACCGCCCUGGCAGCCCGCAUCGCUAUCGACUCUGGCUUCCCCUUCAUCAAGCUGAUCAGUCCCGAGGACAUGGUUGGCUUCAGUGAGCCAGCAAAGAUCUCCCACAUCAGUCGAAUCUUCGAUAGCGCUUACAAGAGUACCACAAGCAUCGUUGUCAUCGACAACAUCGAGCGAAUUAUCGAUUGGGUACCCAUUGGCCCACGCUUCAGCAACAGUGUCUUGCAAGCUAUCAUGGUUUUCCUGAGGAAGCAGCCCACUCACGGACGUCGUCUGUUGGUUCUAGCAACGACCACUGAGCGUGCCCUGAUGAAGCAGCUGGAUAUCUACAACUCCUUCAACUCGGAUAUCAUGGUUCCGAAUGUCAAUUCCUUCGGUGAAUUGCGUUUCGUCAUGGAGAAGUCGGGUGCCUUUGAUGCGCAGGAGAUUGCGCAAGCCCUUGAAAAUGUUGGCGGUCUUGCUGAUGAUGGACGUUUGAGCGUCGGUAUCAAGAAGGUCCUCCUGGGUAUUGAAACUGCCAAGCAGGAUAGCGAUAAGGUCGGCCGUUUCGUCCGUGUCAUCAACCGUGCUAUUGAGGAGGAACAGAGCUUCCAGUAA